AUGAGUGAACAGAAGUUAAACCAACAAGGGCUUGCUGCCACGCAGGCACAAGGCGAGAAGAUCUCACCUAAAGUUCUGUUGAUUGCCAUGUUCUAUGAAGAGUCAAGGAACUGGCUUGAUCCUUCGAGUGCUCUCCAAUUUCCUCGAAAGAUACGCGUUCCGGGUCUGGCUCGUGGUUACGAAGACAUACAUGUCACCGAAGAUGGCGAUGUUGCACUCUUGGUUGUUGGCACAGCCUUGAUAAAUGCAUCCUUAUCCAUUAGCGCUCUCUUAACGUCGCCAAUCUUCGAUCUGACAAAGUCGUACUUUAUCUUGACUGGUAUCGCAGGCGUCAACCCUAAGAGAGCCACUAUUGGUUCUGUUGCGUUUGCCCGGUUUGCUGUUCAAGUCGACACUCAACUUGAAUUUGAUGCAAGAGAAGUUCCCUCAGAAUGGGGAUCCGGGUAUGUUCCCAUGGGAGCUGACAAGCCCGAUCAGUUCCCUGGAAUCGUGCAUGGAUCUGAAGUAUUCGAGCUGAACAGUGCUCUUCGAGACUAUGCCUUUUCUGUUGCCAAGGGCAUAAGUCUCCAAGAUUCACCAGUGGCCGCUGAGAACCGAGGUUUGUGGAAGAACUCACCUGAAGGUAUUUUCGACACAGCAACGCAGGAGCCAAGUGUGCUCGAAGGUGACGUUCUAUCUUCAAACACUUUCUGGCACGGCCAUCGUAUCUCUGAGGCAAUGGAGAGAGUCGCUAAAGUAUACACUUCUGGACAAGCCGAGUACACCAUGACAGCACAAGAGGACAACGCGUUGUUGGCAGGACUUUUGAACGCAGCACUUCAAGGAAAAGUCGACUUUUCUCGCAUCUUGCUUAUUCGGUCUGCUUCAAACUUUGAUCGCGGUCAUGAAGACAAGCCUCAUCAACUUCCCUUUGUCAUGGACAAGGGAGGCUUGGGGCCUUCAACUCGCAAUCUGUAUCUUACAGCUUUCAAAGUCAUCGAGGGGAUCCUGAACGAGUGGCCUACCAGGUUUGAGGCUGGUAUAGCUCCCCAAAACUACAUUGGCGAUAUCUUCGGUUCACUUGGUGGUAAGCCUGGUUUUGGAGAUAAACAUGGCAUCGAUCAGAUAAGGUCACACUGA